UCUAUAUAUUUUGCCUCCUAGGUGCAAAAUGUUGUCCUCGUCAUUUUCUUCUCUAUUUCUAUUGUUGUCUCUGUAGGCCUUCAUCCCUUGGAGUGCAAUACAGUAAAUUCAUUUAUCUUUUAUUUUAUUUUUUACUCAAAGAGAUAUACCGGCAAUGAGAUUGACGGUUCAUUCAUCAAUAUUCCUGAUCUUCUUACUGCUGUGUGUGGCAGCCCGGGCAACGCCUGUGAAUCAUAAUAUCAAAAGAGAUGAACCCGUCAGCAAUUGGAAUAAACCGUCCUGCGACAAGAAUGAUAACAAUAAAAGAGACGUGGUCAUGUUAACCAAUGAUAAAAGUGGCGAUGACUGUGUCGUUACAACCACCACCACCACACCAACAGCUACAGCAACAGCAAAACCUACCAGUCACAGCACACCUACCAGCUUACCAGCAUCAGACGAUCCAGGUAUCACAUCAACAGUUUCAUGAACCUUUAUAUUUACCGCAAAGCGUAUUUGCUGACGUUUCUUUUCCAGCGGUUAUCUAUGGCGGUCGUGGGGUCACUCCUCAGAUGGGAGUUGCUGGAGCUAUUUUUAUUAUCCUGGGCAUUUACUUGAUGGUCUUUGGGUUCCGGGCAUUCCGUCCCACGUUGGGUGUUUGUGGAUUCAUCACUUUUGGUAUCGUCACAUGGGUUGGAAUGGCGAAUAGCCAACCUGCCAAUGGAUAUAUCAAUGAACCCAUCACCUUGAUUGCUGUGCCGGCAGGGUUGGGCGUGCUGGGCGCCAUUUUAUACGUCUUCUUUUGGAACGUGUCAAUUUACCUCGUUGGCGGUCUUGGCGGGCUUGCGUUGGCUCUUUACAUCUGCUGCUGGAAGGAAAACUUAUUGAUCGUUCAAGAGGUGGCUCGAGCGUGUUUCCUCGUUGCGUUGCCCUUUUUUAUGGCCUGCAUUACCUUUUUCGUCGAACGCUAUGUCAUUCUAUUCAGCACGUCCUUCGUAGGCGCCUACAUCUUCAUUCUUGGCGUUGAUUUCCUUGCUCACACUGGGUAUCUGGCGGGGAUUCGCUCUAUACUGGACCGAAACCCGUUGCACCGCGUUCGCUACACUAUUACACGUACGGUGAUUGCCAUGUUGGCAGUUACUAUUGUCCUUUUCCUGAUUUCACUGGCCUGGCAAUACCUUUACAACCGGAAUAGACACUUUGGUGUUAAUAUUGUACCAGUCAAGGCAGCUCCCCCGCCAGCUGCAGAAGAGGCCGGCGAAGCUGAAGCACCACCAGCUGAAGGCGCUGGAGAAGGAGAACCACCGAAAGCAUAAACAUUCGGUUCUUAUUAUUUUGCAUCGUAAGCGAUGGCACAGUACUUUUCCAUCCUCAAUUCAUAUCAUCCCGUGUAUUUGACCACUGUAUGCCCCCCAAAUAAACAAAAAUUUAGUUUCAUCAUUCGAAA